CGGAAGUACCCCGGAAGUAGAAAUAUAUUUUUCGAAAUAUUUUGAAAAGCUUGACUGUUUUGCCAUUUAUCGAUAUUACGAAGAAUUCUUAAAUAGGAAAUAUACACAUUCUGACAAAGUAAAGCUUAAUUAUACAAUAGAGGGUUUCCCACUAAACCAACUAGAUGACUUGGAAAAUCCAAACUGCUGUAAAUGAGAGAGUACUUGUACAAACAAUAUGGCAGAGAAACUCCAACGUUUGCAAAGCUUUGACGCAAGCAUAAAUCAAAAGGAUGAUCAGUCUAAUAAUAUAUUUGAUGAUACCUCAGGGCUGGAAAGUCAGGGAUAUGACAAUGAGUUUGUCCCCCCUCUAGACCCUAAAUAUGAGUGUCCCAUAUGUCUGUCUGCCCUGAGGGAUCCUUACCAGACGUCAUGUGGACAUAGAUUCUGUAAAGGAUGUCUCUUUAAGUGGAUAAGGGGAAAGGAGGCAGAUUCGAGGUGUCCAAUUGAUAAUGAAACCAUGUCAGAAAACCAAUUGUUUCCAGAUAAUUUUGCCAAACGAGAAAUCAUGUCAUUAACGGUUAGGUGCUCAAAUAGUAACACUGGCUGUGCUGAAGUUAUCAUACUGAAGAAACUACAGAACCAUCUUGAGUCUUGUCCAUUUUCCUGCAAGCCGUGUCCAAAUCAGUGUUCCGCUAUCUUGUUACGUCGGGACAUGCCCAGACAUUUGGCAGAGGAGUGCAUACGCAGACUCAUACGCUGCAAUGCGUGUAAAGAUAAGAUCAUCUUUGAAGAAUACAAGGCUCAUAAAGAUGUAUGUCCAAUGGUCCAAGUACGUUGUACUCAUUGUGACGUGUCACUGACUAGAGAGCAGAUGCAGAGACAUUUAGAGUUGGACUGCCCCAGAGCCAUCAUUAACUGCACAUUCUCAGUUGUGGGCUGUGAAAUAAAGAUGGAGAGGAGCUCUCUGGCCCUUCAUAUGCAAGAGUAUACCCAGCCUCAUCUUCGUAUGCUCGUCACUUCAUUUGGUGACGUCUUGAAAGUUCUACACUCCCAAGAUAACUCCAAAAUAGCGCCAUUGGAGUUGCCUUCUGUCGAUCCGUCAUCUGAACACCCUCAUCAAUUCAAACGAAUGAACAGCCAAACUAGUGUUAAAAUACGGGAAAUUGAAGAAAUGUAUGAUUCAUCGAAUUUCCAUAAAGGGAAUAGUGUACAAAAUCGCCACAGUACUGGAGCUAUUAGUAUGGGUGGUGGAGGCGGUGGAGAAGUUAGUAUGGUAGAGUUUGCGACUUUGAAGGAGCGUAAUACUUACCAAGAUGAGAAGCUCCAAACACAAUCUCAACAAAUAAUUGAACUUUUAGCGAAGAAUAGCAGUCUAGAGAAAGUCGUACUGGAUCAGAAAAAACGGCUUAAGGAAUUGGAAUAUCGAGUACAUGAUAAUGAUGCCAGAAGUUGUAAUGGUGUUUAUGUCUGGAAGGUAAAUAAUUAUUCGCACUUGCGCCAUGAGGCCCAAAGUGGCGAGACUACAGUGAUACAUAGCCCAGGAUUUUAUACUAGUUACUAUGGUUACAAAUUGUGUGUGAGAAUGAACCUGAAUGGCGUUGAUAAUGCCCACGGCACGCAUCUGUCCAUAUUCAUUCAUUUCAUGCAGGGGGAGUAUGAUUUCAUGUUGGAUUGGCCAUUUAAUGGAAAAAUUACUCUCUCUAUAAUGGAUCAGUCUGAAGUAUGUGAAUUGCGACAAAAUGUCACGGAAACCUUAUCAUCAAAAUCAAAUCUGGCAGCUUUCCAAAAACCUGAAACCAUCAGAAAUCACAAGGGAUUCGGCUACAUGGAAUUUGCUCCAUUGUCUCUGCUUGAAAAUGGACGAUAUAUUAAGAAUGAUACAUUAGUUGUUAAGGCAGAGGUGCAUCCUGAGCCACAUCGGUGACAUGGGGAACCUUAAAUCCUGGAAAUGUUGAUGUGAUAAUCACAUAUAAGAGAAAAGGAUUAUAGAUGAUGACUUGGGUUGCUUAUUCUACCAUAAUUUUUAUUUUAUCAUUUGUGAUUUGAAACUGUUUUCUGUCUGGAAAUCCAAAUGAUUCACUAAUAUCUGUUUAAUUCUGGAUUUUGAAAUAUUGACAGAGUGAUCAUUUCGAUAGGAUGAAUAAGUAAUGCUAGUUAAAUUGAAAAAAUAACAAUAUUGGAAUUCAUCUACACGCUUAUAUGGAAAUGGAAAUGGAAUGUGUGAAACCCUUUCCAUAAAUGGUUCCAAAAUGAAUGUGUAAAACACUUUCCCAUAUAUGGUAUCAUAUGGAAUGUGUAAAACACUUUC